AUGUUUCGAAAGUUUACAAAAGACGACAUCCAUUCGCGGUCGAAGGUCAAAUCCUCCAUCCAAAGGACAUUAAAGACCAAGCUGGUUAGUCAAUACCCUAAGCUGGAGGACGUAAUCGAUGAGUUAAUCCCCAAAAAAAGUCAAAUUGAAUUGAUCAAGUGCGAAGACAAGAUUCAACUAUACGCUGUCGACGGUGAAGUCCUCUUUUUUCAAAAAUUCGAUGAGCUGAUUCCAACCCUCAAAUUAGUACACAAAUUUCCCGAAGCCUACCCCACGGUACAGGUCGAUAGAGGCGCUAUCAAAUUUGUUUUGUCCGGCGCAAACAUUAUGUGUCCUGGUCUCACUUCACCAGGAGCUUCUCUGCCACCAGCACCGGGAUACCAGAAGGACACGAUCGUGGUGGUCAAAGCAGAGAAUAAGGAUAGCGCACUGGCGAUUGGGAAGCUUCUUAUGAGUACAGAAGAUAUCAAAAGUGUGAAUAAAGGACAUGGCGUGGAAAUGAUUCAUCACCUAGGGGAUCCGUUGUGGACUUUCAGCGUCGAAUAG